GCACAUCUUGCUGUCGCACGCACAACUUGCUGUCGCCACCUACGAGCGAAGCGAGUGGGUGGAACACCGAGUACUAGGACCACAUUUCUACCGAGGAACUACGUGUCCAAGUUCUAGAGGACAGGAAGCCACCCGACAGAAAGCAACAAAAAGUCGAGCCACGGGCGCAAACCAUGCUGAAACUGAACUAAUUGAAGAGUAAAUUGUCAAAGACGACCUAGAGGAGGAAUUAGACUACAUUAUAGAGUAGUCGAGUACUAAACUAAGAAAUUGAUUGUUUUCCGGCCAGACUGGUGGUGUUCGUGACAACUAGGCGAUCAACGCCAUUAGCGAAUUUGCGCCUUAAAAUAGCGCUAUGCCACCACAAGAUCAACUUCUACAAGACCAACUUCUACCCUGUCGCAUCCUCACCAACUUCUCAAUCAACACUCAUCCUUCCAACAAAGGAAAACCAGAAUCCUGCGGAAAGAAAAGGUGAACCCUCCCCCUUCCACAGCAAAACCAACCACAAGCCACCCACCCAGCUUCCUCUUCACCAUGUCCGAACUCGACGUUGAAGCCCUCCUGGACUCCACCGCUGCAACAUCUACUGAACAAAAUGGUAGUUCUACUCAGCCGCGCGACGCCGACGACCGCCACCAGUCCGAGCGCAACGAGCGUCGUGACCGCGACCGUCUCCGGAAGCCCAGCCGCGACAGGAAACACCGCAACCGCAGCGCGGAGGUCGAUGAGGACCUGAAGCAGCCCGGGAGCGAGCAUGGGAGCGCACAGGGGAGCCAGAAGAGUAGGCGCAGGAGCAGGAGCCGCGAUGCUGACGGACGGCACUCUCGUCGUCAUAGGGAUGCACCACACGAUAAUGGGGAUUACUACCGAGGCGGGGGCAGGCCGAGGUCGAGGUCUAGGUCGCCGGGGAGAUACUAUAGGCCACGGGGGGGUGAUAGACGGGAUCGCGAUCAGAGGGAUGAGCGAAGGGUGGGAGGGGGUGAGCGGAGGAGAAGCAGGAGCCCGAAGGGUGGUAAGGGCAGUCGGGAUGGGACGCCGCCGCUGACGGAGGAUGAGAGGGAUAAACGCACUGUUUUUGUGCAGCAGCUGGCAGCGAGAUUGAGGUCUAAAGAACUGAUUGCAUUCUUCGAGAAGGUUGGCCCCGUCAAGGAGGCGCAGAUCGUCAAAGACAGAGUUAGCGGCAGAUCCAAGGGUGUUGGUUAUGUCGAAUUUAAGAAUGAGGAGUCUGUUGCUGCUGCCAUUCAGCUUACUGGCCAGAAACUCUUAGGCAUCCCCAUCAUCGCACAGCUCACAGAAGCCGAGAAGAACCGUCAAGUCAGAACCGCUGAACCUGCCAGCAAUAACCCGAACCAGAUCCCAUUCCACCGUCUCUAUGUUGGUAAUAUCCAUUUCAGCAUCACUGAAGGCGAUCUACAGAAUGUUUUCGAACCCUUUGGAGAGCUCGAGUUUGUGCAGCUCCAGAAGGAAGAUCAGGGUCGAAGCAGAGGAUACGGAUUUGUCCAAUUCCGCGAUCCCCACCAAGCCCGUGAGGCGCUCGAGAAAAUGAACGGGUUCGAUCUCGCAGGUCGACCCAUCCGUGUUGGUCUUGGCAAUGAUAAGUUCACCCCUGAGUCCACUGCGAGCCUUCUACAGAGAUUCCAGGGCCAGAGUCACCAGCAACAGUUCCAGGGCUCCGCAUUCUCUGGCGCAGGCGGUCGCGGCCCUCAGGCAAGCGGAGGCGGCGGCGGCGCAUUCGACCGGGCGGGCGGCCGCGAUAACGAUAAGGGUGCGGGAGGCGCCAGCGCGCUCGAUGACACCGAUGUGGGGGGGGUCAACUUCAAUAACUAUAGUAGGGACGCCUUGAUGAGAAAGUUAGCCCGAACCGAUGAGCCGGCCCCGGCGACCAAUGGCCGCGAUGACAGACGCGAAGUGGCUAAGCCAAGAACAGAGGUUAAGCCUCCUCCGAUUAAUGUUAACACUGCCAGUCGCUGCGUCGUUCUGAGGAACAUGUUUGAUCCUGCUGAGGAAACCGGUGAGAACUGGGAAAAGGAGCUCGAGGACGAUGUCCGCGCCGAGGCUGAGGAGAAAUAUGGUCACGUCGUUCACAUCUCUCUAGAUCCGAACUCGCAAGGUGACAUCUACCUCAAGUUCGACCGCGUCCAGGGCGGCGAGAACGCCAUCCAGGGCCUCAACGGGAGGUAUUUCGGCGGCCGCAUGAUCAGCGCCACGCCCGUCGUCGACGCCGUCUACAGCACCAUGUUCUCGCGCACCAAGGCCAUCUGAUGCAUUUCUGAGUACUCUGGUGUUUUGAGCUUGAGCUAACAGUAGGUUAUUUGAGAAUUGAGAAUGGG